GUUCUCAAAAACAAGAAUACUGAGACUAAAGGGGAGACUUUUAAAAAUAUCUUAAAUUCUUACUGUAAGAGGUCAAUUAUACUCCGACAAUGCUGUCCCAAGCCACAUUAAAAAGGUUUGAUGAGGGAAAAAAUGUUUUACAUGGAAAGGUAGCAAUUGUGACAGGAUCUACAUAUGGGAUUGGCUUUGCUAUUGCACGUCGCCUAGCUCAAGAUGGUGCUUGUGUCUUACUGUGCAGUCGUAAACGGGACAAUGUAGACAAAGCUAUUGAACAACUUAAGGCUGAAGGACUGAACAUCAGUGCUAUACAGUGUCAUGUUGGCAAUAAAGAAGACAGAGAAAAACUAGUAGCAACAGCUAUUGAAAUAUAUGGCAAAAUUGACAUUCUUGUUUGUAACGUGGCUGUUAAUCCAUUUGUUGGCCCAAUACUGGACACCACAGAAGAAAUGUGGGAAAAGGUGUUUCAUAUAAAUGUGAUAUCAACAUUCUUUCUGAUCAAACUUGUAGCUCCUCACAUACAAAAACAGGGAGGAGGCUCAAUCAUUAUAUGUUCUUCAUUUAUUGGAUACAUACCACAUCCGUAUGUUGGACCAUACUCAAUAACUAAGACAACGCUUCUUGGGCUUACAAAUAUAAUGGCACAAGCACUGCGUUUCAUGAACAUUAGAGUGAAUGGACUGGCUUUGGGAAUAAUCAAUACAAAUUUCAGCAAAGUGAUUCUGAAGACCCCAGAGUUGUCAUCAAAGCUGAUUCCUCUUGGUGUUUACAGGAUCGGUGAGCCACAGGAAUGUGCUGGCAUAGCAUCAUUUUUAUGUUCUGAAGAUGCAUCGUACAUUAAUGGAGAAAAUAUUGCUGUGACAGGGGGAAUGCGAGGCAGGCUAUGAGGAUCCUGACCAUGAAUCAUUAUCAUCAGUUUGCCAAUAUUGCAUAUUGUUAUAAGCAAGCACUUUUGCAAAUUAUAAAA